UUCACUGGAUUCUAGAGACUACGUGUCUAAAGUAGUCUAUAUACUCUAGAUUUAUGAGGUUUAAGUGAAUAGAUUUUCAUUAUUUACCAAGCCUCUUCGAUUACUGUCAUCUUACUGUAAAACCAUGGAAAUUGAACCCCAAUGUGUUCUACUGACGCACUAUUUCGAAGAAAGUCUAGAAACAAUCAGCGCUUGUGGAAUACUCAUAGCACAAAAUUGGGUACUUACCAAUGGUUCACUUCUUAAAUCUUACUACCACGAGCCAGCUGGUCGUAUUAUGGGAGAUUAUCUCAUCAAAAAAAGCGGAAUUAAUCCGGGAAUCUUGGUAGUGCUGCCUGAAGCAACAGCUCAAGCAUUUAAAUUAAAAAUUUAUUAUUCGUCCAUCACGGAAAGCAUCCUGAAACAAGAAAUAGUUAAGGAGAAAAGUUGUUCGGUUAGAGUAGCUUGGCAGUGUCCACUGCUCAGCAGAACGUUCAGCCAAAUAUUCUCGCCAUGCAAAUGGAGCUUUGACACACCUUUUUAUGUAUCCAAUAAUCACGAUAAUUUCCUGCGAUCUAUAUUUUUACUACUUAGAGUAAACAAUGGUCUGAUGGUAUCAGAGGAGGAUACAAAUUUUAAGGAACAAGCCUGGAUUGUAUUAAGGGAAUUCCAUACCAAAUAUUUGGAACCCUGGGAUGUUGGAGGAGUUACUCGAGGUACUUCGGUGCAAAUGGAAUCGGUACCCUUUGGCAGCAUUGAGUUUCUAAACUCGCUGUCACGCGGCAUCGUCAGCAACGUACUUGGUGACCUCAAUUGCAUUAUCCUGAGCGACGCGAUCGCCGUACCCGGCUGUGAGGGCGCGCCUCUCUUCAUUUACGAUCCCAAAAAUGCCAGUCGACGGCAAAUCUGCGGCCUCGUACUGUCAACGUUGACCUGGCGUAACGGCGAGCGCAUGGAUUAUACUUUUGCCGCGAAUUUGCGGGUCUGUCUGAGGAAAGUCUUGAGAAUACCAGACAUGGGAGCUAACCAUUUUCCGAUAAAAAGUUUGCCACCGGAGACUGUGUUUUUGCAAGACUUGCUGGACAAAUGUCUCGUCGAGGUAAAAUGUAACCGUGACCGGGGCACGGGUGUGGUAGUCGAUGUUCCAGAAGGAAUAAUCAUCACGUGCGCUCACGUCGUGACCGAAGCGUGCCUCAACACCCCAAUCAAAGUGAGACUAUCAACAAUGAAAGAAGACGAGGGGGUGCUCGUGCGGCUGGUUUAUACGACUCGAUAUGACAAGCCAUACGAUGUGGCUGUGCUCAAACUUGAGCAGAAAAUCGAGAACCUCAGAGCUCUGCCGAUCGCCUCGAAUGUUCCUGCAAAAGGUACGCAGGUAAUGACAUCUGGCUUUUCGCUGACGCAAUUUCCACCCUGCUCAAGUGACGGUAUAAUUUCACGAGUGACAAGCUGUAUAUUACAGACUACCUGCACCGUUCAGUGUGGUGACAGUGGUGGUCCUAUAAUAGAGCCCAACACCGGCCAGAUGUUAGGACUCAUCGUUUCAAACAUAGCUCAGUCUACAACUGGGAGUGAUACUGAAAUCCUGUAUCCGAGAUUCAACAUGUCCGUGCCAGCUACUGUUCUCAAAGGACCACUAACGAAGUACAUUAACACUCAAGUUAAAGAAUACCUCCAUGAUUUAACCAGCAAUGAUCCUGCAGUUCUGCAGGCGUGGAGCUUGUACCCUAUGCAAAGGUCGAAAAUGUAA